AUGGACGACGUCGAGUCGCCCGCCAAGUCGCAGGAGGCGCCCCAGGACGUGUUUGGCGACGAGUCGGGCGCCGCGGUCCAGUACAAGACGAUGAAGUGGUGGCAGGGCGCAAUUGUCAUGAUUGCCGAAAACGUCUCCCUGGGCAUUCUCUCUCUCCCCGCCGUCGUGGCAAAGGUCGGCCUCAUCGGUGGUCUGAUUGCCAUCAUUGGUCUCGGUUUCUUCACUACCUACUCGGGCUAUGUGCUGUGGCAGUUCCGGAUGAAGUACCCCCAGUGCGCAAACAUGGGCGAUGUGGGAGAGGUUCUUCUGGGCCCCUUUGGCCGCGAGUUGUUUGGCGCUGCCUACGUCAUCUACUGCAUCUUCUCCAUGGCCAGUCACCUGCUCACCUUCAUCAUCGCCAUGAACGUCCUGACGGACCACGGCACGUGUACGAUUGUUUUCGGCGUGGUCGGCUUGAUCGUCUUCACCAUCCUCACCAUUCCGCGUACGCUCAAGAACGUCUCGUUCCUGGCCAUCGUCUCGUGCCUUAGUAUCCUGACGGCCGUCCUCAUCACCAUCAUCGCGCUUGGUAUCUCGCCCAGGGCUUCGUACGCGGAUAUGCAGGCCACAUACAACCCCACCUUCCCCGGCGCCUUCAACAGCAUUGCCAACGCCGUCUUCGCGUACGGUGGACACGUUGCCUGGUUGAGCUUUGUCAGCGAGCUCCGCCACCCCGAGGAAUUCCCCAAGGCUCUCAUCACGCUCCAAUCCGUCGACAUUACGCUCUACGUUAUCGCGGCCGUGACCAUCUACCGCUAUGCCGGCGAGGACGUUGCCAGCCCUGCGCUGAGCAGCAACAGCGAGAUUGUCCGCAAGGUCGCGUGGGGCAUUGCGCUUCCGACUAUUAUCAUCGCCGGUGUCAUUUUCGCGCACGUCACGGCCAAGUACGUGUACCUGCGCCUGUUUGCGCGCACCGAGUACCUGCACAGCCGCGGCUUCAUCGCGACGGGCUCGUGGAUCGCGCUGGGCUUUGCCAGCUGGCUCAUCGCGUGGAUCAUCGCCGAGUCGAUUCCCAACUUCAGCGACCUGCUCGGCAUCGUCAGCGCGCUGUUCGCGUCGUGGUUCUCGUACGGCAUCCCCGCCAUCAUGUGGUUCUACCUCAACAAGGGCCAGUACUUCAAGAGCUGGCAAAAGGCUUGCCUCUUCUCGGUCAAUGCGGCGCUGCUCACCAUUGCCCUCAUCAUCAUGGGCGUCGGCCUGUACGCGUCGGGCUACCAGAUGCACAUUGACACGUCUGGGAGCAGCUGGUCGUGCACCGACACGAGCUAA